GAGCCGGCAACGGGCAGCUCUUCAGUUGGAUUUUAGAACAUCGAACGGGCGGGCGUGUGUAGGAUGGAUCGCUAGCAACACCAGUAGUUUUUUUCAUUCCGCCUUCUAGCAGUGUUUGUUUAUUACCUUCCGGCACACUUUCCGUAAAUCCUUCUCGACAGUGGUGCUCGUAAUUUCUUUAGUUUAGGCGUUUUAGGUUUUUAUCUUGUCUUAAAGCGCCGUUCCGAUUUCACGUCGAGAAGGCAGCCGCACAAGUUUGAAAGCGGCCUUUUGAGAGUAGUAACACCUACUCGCAAUUUUGUUAUAAUUUAACAACUUAUCAGAAAACAGAUCAGAAUGGUUAAGAAAAUAUCAGAAGAGAGUGUAGAUAGCGGCGUUGGCAGAGGCAGUAGCCAGUCGGGGAGCGAGCGCGAGUCAGAUGAGAUCCCGCGAGGGCCAGAGGCGUCAGCGCCGGUGCCCAUCCCCGACAGCGAGGACCUGCAGCGGCGUAAGGAGGAAGCGCGCAGGAAACGCCGCAGGAAGAAGCGCUCCGGCAGCUCGGUGGUCACAUCAUGUUUCCAAGACCUUUACAAGCUAACAGGCGAGGUUCUGGGCGAAGGCGCGUACGCCUCGGUUCAAACUUGCGUCAACAUAUACACGGGGCAGGAGUUUGCAGUGAAGAUCAUCGACAAGGUACCGGGUCACGCCCGCGCCCGGGUGUUCCGCGAGGUGGAGACAUUCCACUACUGCCAGGGACACCCGAACAUAAUCCAGCUCAUUGAAUUCUUUGAGGACACAGACAAGUUUUACCUUGUCUUCGAGAAGAUCAACGGCGGUCAACUCCUGUCUAGGAUACAGGAGCAUCAGUACUUCUCAGAGCCGCAAGCGGCGGAGAUUGUUCGGGAGAUAGCGAACGCACUCCACUUCCUUCACGGCAAGGGCGUGGCUCACCGCGACCUAAAGCCCGAGAACAUUCUGUGCGUCAACCGCGACAGUCUCUGCCCGGUCAAGAUUUGUGACUUUGAUCUCGGGAGCGGCAUCAGUUUCACUUCGAGUCUCGCGAGCCCACUGGCGACCCCGCAACUCAUGACGCCGGUGGGCAGUGCGGAAUUCAUGGCGCCCGAAGUGGUAUCCCUGUUCGCGGGCUCGGCGGCGACGCACUACGACAAGCGCUGCGACCUGUGGUCGCUGGGCGUCAUCGCGUACAUCCUGCUGUGCGGCUACCCGCCCUUCCGGGCCGACUGCGGCGCCGACUGCGGCUGGGAGCGCGGCGACAACUGCCGCGCCUGCCAGGACCUGCUCUUCACCUCUAUCCAGGAGGGCCGAUAUUCCUUCCCCGAGGAGGAGUGGGCGCACAUCUCGCGCGAGGCCAAGGAGCUGAUCGGCCAGCUGCUGGUCCGCGAGGCGUCGCACCGCCUGAGCGCCGAACGCGUGCUGCAGCACCCGUGGCUGCGGCGCGCCGACCCCGCCGCGCACUACCCGCCGCUGCUCACGCCGCACAACAUCAAACGCAAUAUGUCAGCUCGCAACCUGUCCAACUUCGCGGAGUCCGCGAUGGCCGUGAACCGAGUGAUCCAGCAGCACUUCUCGAUGAACUACUCGUACAUGGAGCGGCCGCCGGCGGCGCUCCGGGGCAGCAAGUCGUGCCACCCCAGCCCGCCCGCGCCCGACCGCAUCCUGGAGGACGAGCUGGAGCGCCUCGCGCUGUGCGAGCGCCGCUGCGGCGACUGCUGCGCGCCCUUCGGCCUCUCGCCGCCGACUGACUCGCAGCUGCUGCGGCGCCGCCACCAGGCCGACAAGCCCCUCCCCGUCCACUAGCCUCCUGCACCCCGAACACCCCCUCCCCUCCGCCACCUCGAACGAUCGGCGCUCCAAACCCGAUUACGGUCACUUUAUGCGAUCUGUCUGAUUUUUGAUACCUCAGAUAGAAUAUGGGCAUAGCUUCUACGGAGGCUUUGUUCAAAUUUUAGCUUCGGUGUGCGAAUUUACAGAUAGCUUAAAGAAAUGGCCGUUCGAACUUAUCGAUUGUAACAUUUCAAUAACUUGCGCGCUAGUGAUCACGAAUGCGAUGAAAAUUUUGGACAUAUAACGCGUGUGAUACCGGUGCCCUAGACACCCGCCGAUUUGCGAGUCAACAUUGUGCGGCCGUGCUUCCUCUAUGCCGUUCGUCUUUCGCUUCUUCGAAGUAGUUUCUUCACGCGUGACAGCGACGCCUCACAUUCCAGCGGACGCGCCGGGUGUGAACGGUUCCAGCGAAACGGUCACCAUCGGACCACCACCUGUGCCAAUGGAUAAUAAUACCUCCAGUGAUAGAUCCGAUCGCAGUUAAAAUGUGAACGGUACUUAGAACUCUUAACAGUUUUAUUUGAGCCUUUUAAAGAUAUAUUUUUAUGAAUAAAUAAAAACGACUGAAUAGUUUUUAUCGAUAUGUAGAGUAUUUGUGAGUUUAUGUUGAGGCGGCCACGCCGAGACCGAAACCGGUCGAUAAAAUCGUAUUAUAUUGAGAUAGUUGUGCUGAACAUACUUUAUUACAGUUACAGAUUAAAUGUUAUUUUGGAUUUAUAAAAUCCGAUAUUUUAAAUUGAGCUUAUAUUGUGUGAUUGCCUUUUGUUCGUGACCUAUCAUAUGCAAUAAAAUUUUGUUACUUUCGAUAGCGUUUUCGGAUACUAGUCUGUUUAUGUGAUUGUUUUUGCAUUUUUUUGCACCAACGAUGGAAAACCACAUCUCAUAAUUUAAGAAUGAAUCAAGUUAAGAUUUAUAUGAAAGUUAAGGACAGUAUGUGACAUUUUCGCUGAGAGGUUCAAGUGUAAGAUUGUAUAGUACGCAUAAUUACAAAAUAUGAAUGAAAUUCUCUUUGUAUUGUCUCAUGUGUAAAGGGCACUCGUGAACUGAUUUUGUAUGAAAUGUCAUAUAUUUUUGACCUGAACUGUGUUGGUUAAGUGUUGCAUGGGGUUCCAUGGAACUGCCAUAAAAUUGUGAUCAGUUUGAAUACUUUUAUAUUGCUGAAGAAUGAAGUGUUAUAAUAGUGUUAAGUGUAGACUUGCUAGAAUGUAACCCUGCAUACACGUUGAUUGGAAAAAGGAACACGUAGCGCCACCUGGCCUUUAAGUUGUUUUUUCACAAAUUUUAUUGUUUAUUUCCAUAUUAAUUGCAAAAUCUAACUUAUUCUUUGUUCCCGGUGGCUUUAUCCAAUCAAUACUAAACUUAACGCAGUACUUUGUUAAAAUUUUGUUUUUCGACUUAAUUAUUGAUUUGAACUGUCAUUUGAAAUACAGAUGUUUGAAUUUUC